AAUCGUGUGCCACCCUUCCCAAAGCCACAAUGUCGCAAUUCUGUACAAUGCCAGCUGGAGAGAGGAAGAUGCAUGCAGCGGCUAUUUCUCGAGAGGUCCACGGUGCCAAUGGGGACACCAUGGACCUGGGGAUAAAGGUUAGCACUCCCAAAGACAUCAUGCUGGAGGAGCUGUCACUGCAAUCCAACAGAGGUUCUCGUCUUUUCAAAAUGCGCCAGCGAAGAUCGGAGAAAUACACGUUUGAAAGUAUCCAAAAUGAGGCAAACGUGCAGCUGAGUAGCGAUUUUCUAACUGAAAAUGCAGACAGUGCCGAAAACAAAGAGGGAUCGAAAACACUUCCUUACACACCCACCCCAGGAAACCCAGAAAGCAUUGCACCAGGAUAUGGAGGCCCCUUGAAGGAUGUCCCUGCAGAGACGUUCAACUCUACAGCUAUACCCAAGUCCUACCAUUCCCCUUGGGAGCAGGCUAUCAUUAACGACCCCAACCUGGCCGCGACCCUCAAUAUCAGGAUGCCUGUCCCUGAGCCCAGACCAGAGGCUCCUGACUACAAGAGCUUUAACAGGGUGGCCACACCAUUUGGUGGUUUCGACAAAGCCCCCCGGAGCAGCGGGAUCACGUUCAAGCUGCCCGAGAUCGACCUAAACCUCCAUAACUACUCUGAGCUCCAAGACCCAGGGGUGAAACGGCCCACCUUCAACAGGGUCGCCCAGGGAUGGAUAUCCGACGGCAUCCCACUGAUCCUGCCCACCGUGCCUCUGGAACCUAUGCCCAUCCCUGAGUCCGAUGACCUCUAGAUGACCUUUAGAUAACCCAUAAUACCCUGGAAAGACAAGAGAGCACUAGUCUGACAAAAUCCACUGCUGGCACCUCUAACCAUACUGCCUGAUCUGCGAUAUAGGGGUUGGAGCUGAAGCCUAAAUCAUGAUUUCUGAUUAUGUGCAACAGACGACAAACUGAUGGUUUAAAAUGGGGCUUCCGUGCUGCCCUGUUUCAAUUCUGUGCCAUUUGCCUGAGUAAUGAUACUGAUGGUUAGUUUUGCAUUGUGUAUUCAGAGAAUAACAUGUAAAUAAAUAGCACACAUGGCUGAAAUGUUAUUGAAAUGUCUAAGACAAAAUAAAUAUGAGCAAUACAUUGAAACUU